CCGAGUCCGAGUCCAAAUAUUUAAGAUCACGAUCCUCCCUUCGAUUAGCCUGGUCAAUUCCGCAAGCCUCACUUGGACGCCUCUUGGACAGUAUCGCAAUUACUUCCUUCAACGCAUUCGAUAAACUCUACAAUACCGAUAACAAGGGCAAGCACACUCCAUCAUCACCAACAUUAAUCCCAACCAUCAUCUCAACCUGCGACGAAGCUGAAAAGCAAAUCACGACCUUCACAAUGUACUCCUGUGUAAACCAACCCAGAGGAUGCCGCGGGCGAGUAAAUAUCUUCGGUGGACGAUGCGAUAGUUGUAGGCAACUCAAUCUCCGGAAGCCUUCAGUUUUCUCGACGCCAAAGCUUUACCGAAAACCUUCGAUAGACCUCUCGUCAUUACACUCGACGUUCCCUGAGUACGAGAGUCGGUAAAUCAGGACUUUCGACCACUACUGCUACUAUUCCAGCUACUACUACUGCGACUAUUACCGACUAAACUUUAUCCCUCUUUCAAUCAUCCUUGGCCGAGAGUGGAAUGUGGGGGGGAGAGGGGGGGAGCGGAAGGAAAGGUUUAUUCAUACUCGAACGAAAUUCAUGACCUCGAUCAUCUUGUUGCUUCAGCAUCUGCGAGAAUACGGAAAAUGCAAUCCACUGACGGAAUCGGUGGGAGGCUCCUUCUGUCUGGCUCACGAGGGUAACAUACAUACAUCGUCACGGGGCACCACAACCCAACAACGUCAACGAGCAUAACCAUUCAUUCAUCCAUACGAUCCUCCUCUCGACUCAACCAACCUAGCCCCUCCCUCCCUCCAUCCCCCUCUUAGCACAGCACACCUCACCCUGCCGGAAAAAGCAACAAAAGCAAAUUCCCCCCAAUUUCUCUAUUUUGUCUGUUUUCUAUAUUUUUUUUAUUUCCCCUUCCAAGCUGUUUAAUUCAUGGGAAUAUUUCUUGUUCGCGUUUUCUCUUUUCCCGUUCUUUUUUUUUUUUUGUCGGUAUUGGGCAUUUAGCGCGAAUUCGUCAACAACAUCAUCUUCAUCGUCAUCAUUACCAUCGUCUCUUUCAUACCUGGUGUUUAUGGCGUUACGUCAUUUUUCUCGUUUUUCACCUUUUCCUUCCUCUCUAAAAAAUGCGGGCGCAACGGGAAACUAAAGAUUACUCAUUAUUUUAGCUUUUGGGAUUUUUGGAAUUUUUCGAACUAUUUUUUUUCCUCGUUUCCAGGUCCUGUGUUCUGAUUGGUUGGCUUGUGCGGGGGUCGGGACGGGGGGAGGAGGAAGAGGAGUAGCAGUGGCACCCGCAGCACCAGGCCAGGCAGGAAGGAGAGAGGGGCGGAGGGCGGGGGAUUGAAAUCAAGAAAGAAGGGAAGAAAGGACAAGACAGGCCAAAGGGACUGAGCAUAGCUGCUAGGUGUUGGUUUGAAAUCGUCCUCUUUCUUUUUAUUAUUAUUUUAUUUUCCCAUUUUCCAUUUUCCAUUUUUUUUCGCCUUUUUUAACUGGGUAUGCAUAUAUGGGUGGGGGCGGUGUUUAUUUGCUUUUCCCCUCUUUUUCCCUUUCUUUUUUUUCCUUUCUUUUUCCAUUUUCCUUUCUUUUUCAUAUUUUCUUUUCCCCAAACUGUUUGAUUCUGGACUGGAUGUAUGUAUUUAUUGAGCAUGAUGGUACACUUAACGUACUAUACCCUUUUUUAA